AUGAGAGAUGCUAUACGUUUGUUGACUCAGAUACUUGCUACCCAGGCUGGACGACAGGAUAGGGGUCAUGAGUAUCCAGAUAGGGCUGCUAGUGCCAGGGCUCUAGAUUUUCUUACAUUAGAUCCCCCAGAAUUUAAGGGCACAGACUCUAAUGCUGAUCCUCAGGAGUUCAUAGAUAGUAUGCAGCGUACCUUAAAUGUGAUGAAGGCGUCAGCUACAGAAUCUGAAAUGGAAGAUAGAGUUCACCGAUACGUGAUGGGAUUAGAGCCAGGGUUGCAGGAGGCUUGUAUGGCAGUAGCGAUGCAGCCAGGUAUGGAUAUAGCUCGUACUCAGGCUUAUGCUCAAGGGUCAGAGGAUCGUAGGCGCCAGCGAGAGGCUAUCUCAGAGCAGAGUAGUAGUCAGCCCAAGAGGGCCAGGUCAGAGGGUCAGUAUGGACGUUCCACUAGCGAGAGCAGACCCCAGUAUAGUGCACCUCUGCAGUUUCGAGGAUCUCAGUGGGGUAGGGAGACUUUCCUUAGGCAGGGACAGAGUUCUUCUUAUGUAUCGGGUUCUCAGCAGCAGGUGGGGUCAGGGCGGGAGGUGAUGCCCCGUCCUCUAUGUGCGACUUGCGGGAAACGUCAUGUAGGACGAUGUCGUCAGGGUGUAUGCUAUACUUGUGGUGAUCCGGGGCACUAUGCUAGAGAUUGCCCACAAAGAGUGGGUAAUAUUAUUCUUGAGAAUUCGGUAGCAGCGUCGUCAUCCUCAGUGAGAGCCCCAGAGAUAGUACUGGGCCGCAUCGUAUCUACGAUCUAG